CGCAGCUCAAAUUCUGUAGAGCUUUUGGAUUUUGUUGCUGUUCUUUUGUAGUUUCUUCGAGAUUGCAUUUUGUUUAAUUUGUUGCGAUUUGCAUUUUGGAGCUAUGAAUCCGUUGUUAAGUCAAAUACCGCUAGCUUUUGUUCGUUUUGUUUCUCCGUUUUUUCGUUCUGGGGUUGAUCUUGAAUGCCAGUGGUGUUAACCAUGGGACUUUGAUUUAACAAAUUUGUACUGUAGUUGGAGUCUUUUAGUUGUUAAUGAGGAUAAACUUUUGCUUUUUAGCUGAUUUAGGAUAUGUUUAUGGUUGAUUGCUUUAGUUAAUUGCAAAUCGUAUGAAGUGAGAUUGUUGCUAGAGAACCAAAAUUGGGGUGAAUUUGAAAUCUUAAAGUAGUAAUAAAGUUUAGGCGUGUGUUCUUUUAGGCCUCUGAAUCACUGUUGUUUCUGAUUUGUCUUUUUGGUUGUUUUCAGCAUUCUUUUUGACUGUCCUGUUGGGAGCACUACUAGCAAAAAGUGGGCACCUAUUUUUGGGGGGUGAGGGUUAUUGUACAAACAGUUUUGGAUGGUGACCAGAUGAGAAGAACUGAUGUUAUUGGCAGUAGAAGGUGGGGGUUUCUUCUCUUCUUCAGCUUCUGGGUAUAGCAAGGGCCUGUCCCUUCUUCUCUUGGGUCAGAAGAACGAAGAGAAGCCCAUGAGAGUUACGCCUUGGAGCCAUUACCAAUUGGUGAACCAAGAAACUGAUACUGAUCCUGAACUGGCUUCCAGGAAGAGCAGGCUUGUCCGUGGGUGCGCUUCCUUUGUCUGCUUUGGUCGUGCUGCCGCUGGACUCGAGAGCCCAUCUCCGCUUAAGGUUGGUCCUACUCAGCAGCAAGAAGUAUCGCCAGCCAGUUGCCCAGCUUCUGAAAAGGGUAAGGACACCCAUUCUGCUAGUCUUGUUGAAGGCACAAAUACAUCUCAGAAGCCUUCACUUAAGAGUAGCUUAAGGAAACCAGCAAAUAGCAUAGCGGUUUCUGGUGGUAGUGCCAAUGAUUGUGAGACCGUGGGUGAAUCGAGUAAUGAUGCCCCUGAUCAAAUCCUUAGAAGGAAGGUUCAGUGGACAGAUACAUCUGGUGGGGAGCUUUUCGAGAUCCGGGAAUUUGAGCUUAGCGAUGAAGGUGAAUCAGGCAAUGAGUAUGAUAGCGGGAACGAAAGGAGUUGUUUGUGCAAGAUUAUGUAGUUUAAGGUUGCAAAGGAGGUUUCAACCAGGUUGUUUUUGGAUAGAAAGACGAGUAGGCGAAAUGUGAGCCCUUGCAUUCAACCAUAGCCUGAGGAAGAAGAUGAAAUCUGUUGCCAUAUGCUGCUGCAAGAGUUUCAGAAUUCGCAGAACGACCAUCCCUUUGAAAUGGCUUUUUGGUCACCUGUUGUGUCUAUAAUCUAUAUAUUGAGUUUCUUGAAUGUCAAUUUUGUUAACAGGCUUUUGGUGUCAUUGUUUUUCAUCAUCAUUAUUAAUAUACUAGUGCUGGUCCGAGCAGUGCUCGGAUAAUAUUUUACAUGACAUUUAUUAUAAUUAUUAAUU